AUGAAGUUGGAAACCUGCUUUUACUCUGGUUACAAGAUCCAUCCCGGACACGGAAAGCGUCUUGUGCGCUCUGAUGGAAAGGUAAAUUUUGGUGUUUUGAUUGAUCUUUUUGGCGCUUAGGCUUGGAACACACUACAUUGAAGGUGUCCUUGCACUGUUUUACAUGUUUUCAAGUGUUUUCGGGCCAGUUCUUGCCGAUAUUAUCCAUGAAUAAUAUACUUCUGGAAAGUAACGGGAAGAUCUUCAAAUUUGUUGAAAAAGUGUAAAAUAUGAUUGGAAGCCGUCUUCAAGACGUUGUAGAGCUAAAAGAGCCAGUUUAUAAGCCCAUCUGAAUGUAUUAUUGGUCUAAUGAACUUAAUAUUCUUUCAGAUCAACAUCUACAUCAGCAAGAAGGCCGAGCGAUCGACCGGCAUGAAGAGAAACCCCCGUGACAUCCCAUGGACCGUGCUCUACCGCAGAAAGCACAAGAAGGUAAACUUUGUUGCUUUUUUUGUUUUUGAGAAGUUUAGAGUUGAAUUUGAUGGAGAUUAGGGUUUGGAAGUACAAAAUAGGGACUUAUAAUCAUUUCUGGAAAUCCAGAAGGCUUUUUUGUCUGCUUUGAUUUUUGCAUUGAGUGUUGGCAGCAUAUUAGAGCCAGUGUUGGUGUAAUUUAGCCAAUAUAGGUGUCGAAUGUCUGCGAAAUUGAAGUGGGUCUACGAUCUCGGCCUUCAUUAUAUGUGUUGUUCGUUUUAAAGCCCCAGACAUUCAUUUUAGACGUUAUCAAUGUAUAUUUUUAUAUCAUCCUUGACUUUAUUCUAAUUUUUGGCGUUUUUCAGGGUCUACACGCUGAUGACAACACCACCAAGAAGCGCGUCAAGAGAACCGUCCAGGUCGCUAACCGCGCCAUCGGUGAUCUGUCGAUCGAAGCCAUCUUGGCAAAGAGAAACCAGAAACCCGAAUUCAGACAGGCUCAGCGUGAACAAGCCGUGAAGGCAGCCAAGGAAGCCGCUAAGGCCCAGAAGAGCAAAAAGGAAAAGACAAAACAAGUAAGUUUUUGUAGAACUUGAUCUUUUCGGGGUUUAGAUAAAAUUUUGGACGAAAAUUGAAACUUUGGCAGCAUAUUAGAGCCUGAAUUGGCAAAUUAAAGUCAAUUAAGGUGUCGAAUGUCUGCAAAAUAAUUUUGGGUUGACGAUCCCGGCCUUCAUGUUGUGUGUUGUCCGUUUUAAAUACCUGGACAGUUAAAUUUGCAAAUUAAGUCUAAUUUAAUGUGUAGUACAAUAUAUAAUGUUGUCCGUUUUGCAGGAGAAGGCCAAGGCCCCAGCUGCUCAGAAGCCUAAAGCCGCCAAGACCGUGAAAGCGCAGGCCCCUCGUGUCGGUGGAAAGCGUUAA